AUGAGCAGCGAUAGCAGUGAUGAGGAUGACUCGCCACCAGAGAUUAUCCCAUCGACAAACAGAGGCUCAAUUCAUAUAUCUCAUCCAGGUGUACCUCCUCCCGAGCAUUAUUCUUUUGCAACUCAAGCAAAACGUCCAAAAUGGCCAGAUGAUCUUUGGAACUCGGGAGUUUUAAUAUACGAUCUUAAAAAUGGAACGAGAAACCAGCCUACUGGGACAAAUCCUAACGAUAAAACACUUAUUUUUGACUCAUUCUUCGAAAGCGGAAAUUUAUCACAAGUUUACUUACUUUCUCCAGAUGUUUAUCAUUGUAUUCUCGAAUACGAUAAGAACAAGUCAGGGUCAUGUCAAUGGUUCUAUUUCAAAAUGCAAAACAUUAGGGCAGAUACAAAAUAUACGUUUUUUAUUUCAGGAUUUCAUAAAAAUACAGGUCUUUUUUCAACAGGUGCAAAGAUUUUCUGGUACAGUGAGAAACAGUACCAAAAACAAGGUUACUCCUGGUGCAGAGGCGGCACAAAUUACGCAUAUGGCUUAUCAAAGCAUAAAAAGAAAGAUAAAAGAUCUACAUUGCAAUUCCAAAUCAAAUUCCCAUACGAUAACGACACAGUUUACUUCUGCUACGCUCUUCCUUAUACAUAUACCGAUUUAUUGAAUUACAUUAACAACUGGCAGAAGGUUUCUCCCUUCGGAUCCUUAACUACUGGAACAUUAGGGAAAACUUUGGGUGGCCGAGAUUGCCCAUAUAUCCAGAUAACCUCACCCCAAUCAAAUAUCCCUAUGGAAGCCCGUCCAUGCCUAUUCUUUACCGGCCGUAUACAUCCUGGCGAGUCGAACGGCAGCGUUGUCCUACACGGUCUUAUUGAUUACCUCGUAUCAAACGCUCCUGGAGCCCAAUAUCUCAGGGACAACUUCGUAAUAAGGAUUGUCCCCAUGGUUAACAUCGAUGGCGUCGUAGAAGGCUUUUACAGAAUUUCACUCGGUGGCCAAGAUUUAAACAGGGUCUGGAUAAAUCCGGACCCUGCAAUACAACCAAUUGUGUGUAAGAUCAAGGAUUUCAUCUUCCAGAGUGCCAAAGAACGUACAAUUGCUGCGUAUAUUGACUUCCACGGUCACUCCCGCCUCCAUGGUACAUUUGCUUAUGGCUGUCCUAAUGAUGAUAAUCCAAAUUUGAGAGACAAAGAGAAACUGUUCCCAAGGAUGCUAGCAUUCCUCUGCGAUACGUUUUCAUGGUCGAACUGCGUCUUUUCAAUACCUCCAGGAAGAAAAGCAGCCUCAAGAAUCGUUGUUCGAACACAAGCUGACGUUGUUCAGAGUUUCACUAUAGAAACAAGUUUCGGCGGUAUGCAGAGUGGUCCACGUGCUGGAAUUCUUUACGAUGAAGUUUUGUGGAAAGAAAUCGGAGCAAAAUGCGGAGAAACUUUGUUCCAUAUGUUUCUUGGCUCCGAUUCUCCUGUCACAUCUUAUGUAAAACAGGAGUUAUAUUUCCUUUCGCCAAAUGGAGACGAUGAAGACGAUUCAAGUUCUGAUGAUGAAAAAAUUGUUGAAUGCGACUACCAAGUAACCCCAACAUUAGCUAAUGAACAAGUUCCACCAAGAAUGAAGCCAGGAACUCCAAUGCUUAAGCUUUCAGCUCCAACAAAUUUCUUCAAUAUCUCAUCAAAAAUGAUAACAACUACUCCUCCCCAAGUUUGCGCUCCUAAGUGGUCGCAACUACAAUUUACAGAACAAUAA